GAAACCGUGGUUACAUGACGCAUUCUUCCGAGCUCGGUAGUUGAGAGGCUGACAAGGAUAUCGGUAAAUCUUCAGAAUCAUCAUGUUUGACGUAGCACUUGCAGAAGCAGGGGCUCAAGUUCCCAUUGCAACUUCAAGUGAUGAGAAUUUUCCUCCUGAGAAUAUAAUUGAUGGAAAAUCAGAGACAUUCUGGGCAACUACUGGACUGUUUCCACAGGAGUUCAUCAUCACCUUUACAGCCUUGAUGUCACUAGAACAGAUCAAAAUAAACUGCUAUCAAGUGAAAGGGUUAGCCAUGGAACGCAGUAUUGAGAAUGAACCUGUGAACUUUGAACCCAUGUGUGAGAAAGAGCUAUGCCCAUCAGAUGCGUCCUUACAAAUGGAGGAGUUUUCCGGGGAGAAUUCUAGUGCAAAGCAUCUCAAGUUUGUCAUCAAGUCUGGAUAUGACCACUUUGUCUCUGUUCAUAAAGUUUGUGUGAAUGGAAUGGCAUCCAGAGAAUGACAUCACCAGAAACAGUCUCCUGGACUGGACACAGAUCAUCUCAAAUACUACUACCCUCUGGACAAAAUCUGGAUAAGACUACAUGUACUUUGUCUCUGUGAAUAUCAUGGCUUUGAGGGAAUGACAGAGAAAAUGACAUAUCACUACAAGAUCUCUCCUAGACAUAGAUCAUAUCAAGAUAUUAAGUUUAUUGUAAAGACCACUUUGUUUCUACAUGUAUGUACAAAGUCUCAGUGAAUGGCAUGGCAUCAAGAGAAUGACAAAGAAAAUGACAUUGCCAGAAAACUAAUGUUUUCAACUGCUAAAUACAUAUUUGCAAGUACAAGUACAUGUACAUCUAGUUUGUCUACCAAAAUUUUGUAAAUCCAAAAACUUUCAUGAAUUAUAAUGUACAAGUAACAGCCAUUAUUGCAGUAAGAAUUAUUCAAAAGCUCAGUAAUGUGAUGGUUGGAUCUCAAUUUUUUGCGGCAUGAAACUUUUUGAGAAUCGGGACCACUCAUGAAAUUGGCAACUGUUUCACCCACACUAAAUAUUAUGCUAAAAUUUCAAGUAGUCUGUGCCAGUGACUAUAAAUACUACUUUCAUGAAUUUCUGUGAUCUCUUGGUUUAAAUUCAUGCACAAAGGAUUUUAAGGAAAGUUAAAGACCAUUGAUUAAUAUCUCUGUUUUGUUUUAGCUGAAGUGUAUACAAUAUCCCCUCGCCGACGAAGUCGGAGGGGCUAUAGUAAGGCUGCCGUCCGUCCUUCCUAAUGCCAACUCUUUCUUAUGGUAAUCGCUCCUUUCGCAAAGCUUCAGCUGAACUUUGGAACAGAUUACCUAUAAAUGUAAACUGUCAAACCAUUAACCUAUUCAAAACUAGUCUCACGACACAUUUAUUCAAAAUUGCGUUCAUGAUUACUUAACUCUAUUCACUUUGAUGUGUAUUCCAUAUGUAUUGUAAUUUAUAUGUUUAUUUGCUUUUUUAGUUUUGUAUAAGAUGUAAUUGUAUAUCAGUCUAUUUUGUGUCUAUAGGGCUUAGAGACUUCGGUGGUAAGCGCUUUAUAAGUAACGAUUUUAUUAUUAUUAUUAUUAUUCCUUCCUUCCGUCCGUGCGUCGACCGUCCGUAACAAAUUUGGUUUCCGAUUACUUCAGUAAUGUUUGACGGAUUUUAAUGAAA